AUGCCGUUCGGUAACACGCACAACCAGGUGAAGCUGAAGUUCGCCUCCGACCAGGAGUACCCGGACCUGAGCAAACACAACAACCACAUGGCCAAGGUCCUGACCCCCGCCAUGUACGAGCGGCUCCGCAGCAAGCAGACCCCCAGCGGGUUCACCCUGGACGACGUGAUCCAGACCGGGGUGGACAACCCAGGUCAUCCCUUCAUCAUGACCGUGGGCUGCGUGGCCGGAGACGAGGAGACGUACGAGGUGUUCAAGGAGCUGCUGGACCCAGUGAUCGAGGACCGACACGGAGGAUACAAACCCUCGGACAAGCACAAGACGGACCUGAACCCGGCCAACCUGAAGGGCGGAGACGACUUGGACCCCAACUACGUCCUGAGCUCCAGAGUCCGGACGGGUCGCAGCAUCCGAGGCUUCUGUCUGCCGCCUCACUGCAGCCGAGGAGAGAGGAGAGCCGUGGAGAAGCUCUCCAUAGAAGCUCUGGACUCUCUGUCUGGAGACCUGAAGGGGAAAUAUUACGCUCUGAAGAACAUGACGGACGCCGAGCAGCAGCAGCUCAUCGAUGACCACUUCCUGUUCGACAAGCCGGUGUCUCCUCUGCUGCUGGCCUCAGGGAUGGCCCGGGACUGGCCCGACGCCAGGGGCAUCUGGCACAACGACAACAAGACAUUCCUGGUGUGGGUGAACGAGGAGGACCACCUGAGAGUCAUCUCCAUGCAGAAAGGAGGAAACAUGAAGGAGGUGUUCAACCGCUUCUGCACCGGACUCACCAAGAUCGAGACCCUGUUCAAGGACCGAGGCCACGCCUUCAUGUGGAACGAACACCUGGGCUACGUCCUCACCUGCCCAUCCAACCUGGGCACCGGCCUGCGAGCUGGAGUCCACGUCAAGCUGCCCAACAUGAGCAAACACGCCAAGUUCGAGGAGGUCCUCAAGAGGCUGAGGCUGCAGAAACGUGGAACCGGUGGCGUGGACACAGCCGCGGUGGGCGGAGUCUUCGACAUCUCCAAUGCCGACAGGCUGGGCUUCUCCGAGGUGGAGCUGGUGCAGAUGGUGGUGGACGGAGUCAGGCUGCUGGUGGACAUGGAGAAGAAGCUGGAGAAGGGUCAGUCCAUCGACGACCUGAUGCCCGCCCAGAAGUAAACCUUCCUCUCCUUCCUCCUCCUCCUCACCCUGAAUGCUCUGUACCGCAGUCUGCUUCUGUAUUUAAGAUGUUCCUGUAAGGUGGAGAUCUGAUGUGAAAUAAAAUGUUCUGGUUCAAGUUGAA